AUGGAAAUCCUAAUGACAGUCUCCAAAUUCGCCUCCAUCGGUACCAUGGGCGCCAAUGCCUCGGCAUUAGAGAAAGAGAUUGGUCCAGAGCAGUUUCCAGUCAAUGAGCACUAUUUUGGGUUAGUCAAUUUUGGAAAUACCUGCUACUGCAAUUCAGUUCUUCAAGCACUUUAUUUUUGUCGUCCAUUUCGGGAAAAAGUUCUGGCAUACAAGAGUCAACCUAGGAAGAAGGAGAACCUUCUUACAUGUUUAGCAGAUCUCUUCCAUAGCAUAGCCACUCAGAAGAAAAAGGUUGGAGUAAUACCACCUAAGAAGUUCAUUACAAGAUUACGGAAAGAAAAUGAGCUCUUUGACAACUACAUGCAACAGGAUGCCCAUGAAUUUUUAAAUUAUCUACUAAAUGCAAUUGCUGAUAUUCUGCAAGAAGAGAGAAAGCAGGAAAAACAGAAUGGUCGUUUACCUAAUGGUAAUAUUGACGGUGAAAAUAACAACAGCACACCAGACCCAACAUGGGUUCAUGAGAUAUUUCAGGGAACAUUAACUAAUGAAACCAGAUGUCUUACUUGUGAAACUAUAAGUAGCAAAGAUGAGGAUUUUUUAGACCUUUCUGUUGACGUGGAACAAAACACAUCAAUUACUCAUUGCUUAAGGGGUUUUAGCAACACAGAAACUCUAUGCAGUGAAUAUAAAUAUUACUGUGAAGAAUGUCGAAGUAAACAGGAAGCACACAAAAGGAUGAAAGUUAAAAAACUACCCAUGAUCCUAGCUCUACAUCUAAAGAGAUUCAAAUAUAUGGAUCAACUUCAUCGAUAUAUAAAACUUUCUUACCGAGUAGUUUUUCCUUUAGAACUUCGUCUGUUUAACACAUCAGGUGAUGCAACUAAUUCUGACCGAAUGUACGACCUUGUUGCUAUUGUGGUUCACUGUGGAAGUGGUCCAAAUCGAGGCCAUUAUAUUGCAAUAGUUAAGAGUCAUGAUUUUUGGUUGUUGUUUGAUGACGACAUUGUAGAAAAAAUAGAUGCACAAGCGAUUGAAGAAUUCUACGGGUUGACAUCAGAUAUCUCAAAGAACUCUGAAUCUGGUUACAUCCUUUUCUAUCAGUCUCGGGACUAAGGGACAGCCAUGAUGAAGAUAUACUUUCUGUCUCAUUUCUUCUCUGGUUAUUGGGAAAGGAUCAAGCACUGAUUUUUUUUUUAACUGAAGAGAAAUGCAGGAAGCUCAGGGGGCAGUAGCACACUUUGCACACAAUAAAGCAAAGACUGAUUAACAAGGUCUUCCUAUCAUGGUAGUUGAUUUAUUUGCUCAGCUAUCAUGCUGUAUGUGCAGUUCCAUAUAAGGAAGUAAAAUCAGAGAUACCAGCUCCUCUUGUUAAACAGCUUUCCAGUAAUUGACAUGCAUUUUCUCUUUACUUAUUGCACCAAUAAUGAUUGGAACUCCUUGAUGUGCAGUAGGAAGAAUAGGAAUCUGUGCUAAGUUGUAUCCAUCGAAAGGAGGUAUAUUAAACACAUUGCAUGAAUUUGCUUGUGUUAAGUAUAUAUAGCAGAAUCUUCUGGUCUUCUGAAACAUCAACCAGAAAUACUUUGGAGCCCAACACUUGCAGUUGCCUUCCUGAUGUAAAAACACUGACAUAACUAGAAUACGGUGUCAGGAAGACAAAUAAAUUUUGCUUCUCUGAAGAAGCUUAUAAUAAUAUACAGUAUAUGUAUAUGUAGGGAACAACUGGUCAAAAGUGGCUUUUUGUUUCCCCAAAGGGAAAG